UUAACCGAUAGCGCCGUCUAUUGAUUGGUCGACUCAAGUGAUUGUUUAAUGAGUUAUCCUUUUGUUUGGGAAAAACUGAGUCAACGACUGAACUAACUAUUAGUAGUAGUGCUGUGUUUGUACCGUAAGAUUGAUUGACUGUCAGAUUGUUUACCAAAACAGUUGGUCAACGAAACUAAUUAACAAUACAAAGUGACCACUAAUUUCUACAGUCGAUCAAUAGACACACUGUUGUGACCAAUCGGUACAAUUUGAAAGACAACAUAAACUGUCAUUUGUUUGUUGAACAACUCAAUAGUGACCGCAAACACACCGCCAGUGAUGCCACCGAAAGCCAAACGUCAGACCAAAGGAAAAGGUAAAAGUGGUGACAACUCUAAGAAACGACGCAAACGGGACUCGUUUUCCGAAUCGGAUGACUAUGAAUCGGACACCAAUGGCAAGACAGGUCCCGCCGGCGAUAAUAAUCAUACAGAAAAUUUGGACAACGAUAACGGCGCCGAUGUGUCAGCACAGGAUGAAGCUCUGUGGCCACCAUUGCCAGAAAUAUCUGGCCGGCUAUUGGUGUGCGGCGGAACCAAUUGGGAUUUAAUUGGCCGUAAAGAGUUGCCUAAAGCUGCCAAAAACGCACCGCAAACUUCAUCUGGCAAAAACUUAUGGUCACCGCAUAGAACUCCAUAUCGUGUUCGAGCCAUAGUGUCGUCGUGUACGGCGUGUCACUCGAUGAUCAUAACAGAUGAUGGAAAAGUAAUGACAUGGGGACGUAACGAUAAGGGACAGUUAGGUCACGGAGAUGUACGUACCCGUAAUGAUCCCGAAAUAGUGUCCGGUUUGUGCGCUCAUCAAAUAGUUGGAGGUGCUGUCGGUCGCGGACACACAUUGUUUUUGACCUCAAAAGGUCAGGUGUUUGCAUGCGGCGAUAACAAAAUGGGACAGUUGGGUAUCGGUACUCAGAGCCAAUCUGUUAUGACUCCUACACGGGUUGUAUAUCGCGGUAAACCUAUCGUAAAGAUGGCCUGCGGUGCAGAGUUUAGUAUGAUAUUGGAUGCCGUCGGCACAUUAUACUCAUUUGGAUCUCCAGAGUAUGGACAGUUAGGUCACAAUAGUGAGGGAAAGUAUUUUGCAUCUGGCAAUAAGCUCGCCUACAGGUGCGAACUGACACCAAGAAAACUGGUAUUCUUUAUCGAAAAGACACGCGAAGGCCAUAUAUUGCCGUUAGAGGAUGUGUUCAUAUUGGACGUGGCCUGUGGUGUCAACCAUUCACUAGCCAUCGAUCGCAAAAAGCGAUGCUUUUCCUGGGGUUUCGGAGGUUACGGCCGAUUAGGACACACAGAGACCAAAGAUGAACUGAUGCCCCGAAACAUUAAGACAUUUGAUUUUAUUAAUCGCGGCGUUAAAGCCAUUUGGUGCGGCGGCACGUUCUCGAUGGCCAUCGACGAGAACGGUUUGCUCUAUUUUUGGGGACAAAACAAAUCGUCGGGUGAGGCAACUAUGUAUCCAAAGAAUGUCCAGGACCUGAACGGUUGGAAUGUCCGUUCCGUUGGUUGCGCCAAUAAAUCCAUUGUUGUUACUGCCGAUGACAGUCUUAUAUCAUGGGGACCGUCGCCAACAUAUGGAGAGUUAGGUUACGGCGAGAAUAAGGCCAAGUCUUCAACCAUACCACAGGAGGUGAAGCCAAUGGAAGGUAUACACACUCAUCGGGUGACCUGUGGCUAUGCGCACACACUCAUCAUUGCUCGCGACGACAGCGAUCAGGAAAAGGAAACUAUUAACAAACUGCCCGAAUGGCCAUAAUUUAUCGGUUCAUAUGUUUUGCCGAAAUUAAGAAAGAAAAAUCAUAAUACGAUUGAUUGAUUGAUAGUUUAAGAAAAAUCCAUUUUUUGAUAUUUAAUUUAUUUUUGAUAAACAGUUAAUUUAUAUAUUUUUCAGUGAAAGAAAACAACACAAUUACCAACUGUUUGUGUAAUGUAUUUCUAUUUAUUUCACACUUUUUAGUAGUGUAUUACACUGUUAUUUUAAACUAUUUCGAUCCCCAUUUACCUACCUGUCCCUUAUUUUAUUACCCGUAUUUUGUAUUAAUUUUUGGGCCACUUUUAGUCUCACCUAAUAUUGUAUUUAUAUACAGUAUAUUGAGACUACCGGUAAUGUUA